CUGUCAAUAUCAAAAUACAUUAGUUAUGUUCAUUAUGUAGGUAUCUAUUUGAGUUAGGCAAGGGUGACUUGAGUUCAUUUAAUCGAAUUUGAAUCAAAUACUACUUUCCUACAUGCAAAUGGAGUAAAUUUAUAUUGCACGGACUUAAUUUGUAUAUAAACUCGAGACUAUGCAGUAUACAUCGGACGAAGCUUAUGCUCGCCUCAUCAGUCACAAAAUGACUGUGCCACAAAGAAUUAAGGCUACAGGUGACAUAGUUGAUGAUGAAAGUGCACCCAACGGACUUGUAACAGGGUGGGAUUACUCUAAAGAAAAAUUUGACAUGAAAGUACCAGAAAGGAUACUUGUUGUUGGACAAGAUCAGCAUAUUGGUACAAAAGCUCCUCCUAGAGAAAUCCAGCUGGACAAUGCAGUUUUACCCACUGACCCGGGCAUGAUUCGUGUGAGCACACCACCCCGUGUGAUCACUCUUGACCAGCAUUACUUCCCUUCAGCUGAUGAUUUCCCACAGGGUAUUCCAAGCUCUCCACCCAGGAAUGUUAGGCCAUUCAGGUCCCAAGGAGAUGGAGCUCGCUCUACUACUCCCAGACCUGAUAAUUUUAAUGAAUCCACUAUGACUGAGUCACGUCUCAUAUUGAGAGAUCCUACACCUCCUAUAGGCCAUGGUGAAGGUUUGUCUACUGCUGAAGAAUUGGUGCAUCUACGAAGACAAAUUGUUAAAUUGAACAGACGGGUAAUGUCAAUAGAAGCUGAACAGUUACAACGUCAGCAGAAAGAGAAGAUAGCGUAUGCUAUUGGAAUUGCUUAUCUGUUGUUCAAAGUUAUGGCAUGGCUAAAUAGAUCUUAAUUUUUAUUAAACAAUGUCAUUAAAAUGUAAGAUGAACUAUAUUAAUAUAUUUUUGACUUCAUGAAAUAAACUGUUAUGUUCACAUUGUAAAUUACGUAGAGAGAAUAUGGUCACAGUUUAUCAAAAGGUUGAAGUAUAAAAUGUUAAUGCAUUAUCAUCAUAUAGCUUAAUUUAGACAACUUUUUUUAUACCGUUAUGUAUAUUUCUGUAAUAUCUUGUACAGUGUAUGUACUAGCAUACAAGUUUUUAUGAUAUACAGAAUUCUGUCUUUCAUCUACUUUUAAUGAGUUGUUAAAGUGAUGUGACCUCUCUUUUAGAAUAGAUGUAAAGGGUCAUUUUUAUUUAAAUAAAUAGAGUCCACCUUA